AAGUGAGGAUUGUAGUCACUUCUGGACGGUUCUAACAGAAUUAAAAUAUAAAAAGGGAUCUGAACUACACGGUUGCUGAAAAUAUUUUAUCAAAUUAUAAAAAUGUCAAAACAAAAGAAAUUAAAACUAAAUGAAACAACUGAUGGUAUACUGGCCGAUAUAUUAUCAAAAGUAACUAAUAUUCAAGAAGAAGUGAAAGAAAUUAAAGCACACAUCAUACAAAACAAAAGUGAAUCAACAAAUCAAAAUCAUCUUAUUGAUAAAAUUGUUAAUCAAAAUCUAAAUGUUGGAAACAUUUUGGCGGAACAAACUGUGGCACUCAAAUCAACAAUAACUUCUCUUUGGAACAAUCCAAAACAUUUAGAGCGUUUUCCAAUAGAAACCGAUGAUGCAUUACAAGAUUGGGAAAAUUACAUAAAUGAUGAAAAUAAAAGUGGAAUGAUUCAUGCGGUAAAAAGCAUCGUUGGUAAAUCUGGUUUAAGAAAAAAUUUAAAAUUGGUUUUAAGUCCCAAUUUAAUAACUAAUUACAAUUUGCACGGUAGCCACACAAAAAAGAGACUUUACAAUUAUUCUAAGAUAAUGGAUGUUUUUUUACACGCCACCGUAAACCCUAAUGAUCUUCAUACUUUUGAAGAUGAUAUGAGAAAAGCCAUCAAGGAUAUCAAAAAUCGCCAUUUUAAAAAUGCCAGCUUGAAAAGAAAAAAUGCCACAAGUACUGAGAACAACUAAAAAUAUUAAAGUUUUAAUUAAUAUUAAAUAUUCACGAUGUUCAAUGCAAAUGUUUAAAACCCAUAUUGUAAAAUAUUUUUAGAUGAAA